GUUGAGCAGUUUUGGUGAUGUGAUGACAUGGGCUGGGUGCUGGAUAAACGCACUGAAUAGAAAAACAGCUGACUUCAAGUGCCUUGGAGAAAAAAAUCGGAUUUUUUUAACUGGGCGAAAACAGUUUACUUCAGCGUAACUGGCUAACGUUAGUUGAUACAAGCAAUCGUUCUGUUUUGGCUUUUGUCUAAAUUACCAGAAAAAUAACAAGUGUGAAGCUAACUAAUCAAGUCCGUAGCCAGCGCUAACUAGCUCAAAUGUACACGCUGCAGAUUGGAAGGGACUCUGGUAGUUUUGGGGAACUUUGUACGAGUUUCUCACAUUGCAUUGAUGUCUCCUUUGUUUGAGUUAUGCUUUCAAGAAAGAAAAGUAAAAACGAAGCGUCGAAACCAGCCGAGGUACGUGGGAAAUAUGUGAAGAAGGAGACAUCACCACUCCUGAAAAAGCUCAUGCCCUCAUUCAUCCGACAUGGACCCACUAUCCCCAGACGCACCGAGGUCCCUCUGCCAGAGCCUGGCCCAGGACCUUCAUCCCAUCCCAUGGGACCUGAGCCUGUGUUGGCCGGCAACAAGAGCUUCCUACGUUCCCCUGUGCGGAGGCCACCCCACGAGGCGGCUCUGCGGGGACGCCACCGGAUGUCAGCCCCUCCGUACCUACCUGGAAGCCUGGGGGAUAUAACCCAGGAGUACGGAGGCUCCUCACAGUCCUUCCUCACAGACGUGAGCGCCAUGGCUGAGAAUGCGGAUGCUGGGCUCUACUACCCCCUGACUCCGGAGCCUUACUACGACAGCCAGCAGCAGCAGAGACUGCCUCAGCCACAUCAGCACCCCAGAGCCCCUGACCACUUACAUGAGGACAAUGGAUACUAUGAACAUCAAAGCCUACCACCACCACAACACACUCCCCCGGCCCCCAACAGACCGGCAGCAGGUAUCGGACGAAUGCAGGCCAAGUCUCUGGGGAACCUGUCCAGUCUGAGCUGUGAAGACCUCUCCCUGCCCUGUGGUUGGACGGUAGACUGGACCAUUAGAGGCAGGAAGUACUACAUCGACCACAACACCAACACCACCCACUGGUCCCACCCCCUGGAGAGGGAGGGUCUGCCCCCUGGCUGGGAGAAGGUGGAGUCGGCUGAGUUUGGACCCUACUACGUAGACCACCUCAACAAGGGGGCUCAGUAUAGACACCCCUGUGCUCCUAGCGUGCUCCAAUAUGACCAGCCCCCUCCCGUUGUAUACCAGCCCCCUCCUGUUGUAUACCAGCCUGUUGUAUACCAGCCUCGCCCAGCAGAGCGGGACCAUCCAGUGCUGGUACCAGCCAACCCAUACCACACGGCAGAGAUCCCUGACUGGCUACAGGUGUAUGCCCGCGCCCUGCUCAAGUAUGACCACAUCCUGAAGUGGGAGCUGUUCCAGCUGGUGGAUCUGGACACGUACCAGGGCAUGUUGAAGCUGCUCUUCAUGAAGGAACUGGAGCGCAUCGUCAAGUCCUACGAGGCCUACCGUCAGGCCCUGCUGUCUGAGGUGGACCAAAGGAAACCGAGGCAGCAGUGCUACACCCAGGAGCAGCCAGGCAAGAACUUCACAGGGAACAUGUGAAUUAGGUCAUAUUCACUAAGAAGCAAACAUAACAAAAUGGUGGUGGUAGGGGGCACCUACCUGAAUUUGUCCAAUGUUUUUGUUCCUAAAUGGGUUGCUACAGUGUGCACUAAUGAAUAUGACCCUGAACUGACUGGACAGAGGAAUGGAGCCUGUGGAUAGCUGGACCUGGGACUCUUUCUCUUUCUACAUUGUUCAUAUGAAGUUGUCUGUUCCAUUGUCCUGCCCCUUCUGAGGUUUCUAUGGUAAGGGAGCUCCGCCCAUCGGUGGUUUCUAUGGUAAGGGAGCUCCGCCCUCUUGAGGUUUCUACAACAAGGAUGUCCGCCCCUUUGAAGUUUCCGCCCCGGUCGGUCAAGGUUAAUCUCUUUAUGAUUGACCUCCUUAUUGCUGCCGCCGCCUCUUCACCAAACGUAUGUUGUCUCCCGUUAUAUCAGCCAAAUGUCCAGAUGCUGCUCACAUCAUGUGGCUACUCAGGCCUCUCUCCCUUCGUGAUGAUUCAGGACCAGUGAUGAGAGAACAUGUGAAUGCUCCAAUGAAGAAAGACUAGAAAAAUGAUUCUCCAGCUGGAGAGAGAAAUGUGUUUAUACUGAAGUCGCUUACAGCAAAUGUCAUCUGAGAACUGGGUCGUGUUCAUUAGGCAACAAAUGGAAGAACGGACUGAAACAUGGCGGGACUACCGGAACUUAAGGAACCAUUUUGUUUUUCCGUUUUCAAAAAGUUUUGCUACAGUGUUCCCCACUGAACACGGCCCUGGGUUGUUGUAUGGAAUCUGUUAUUUUUAUAAAGACUGAAGAUGAUCACAGGGUCUUAAAGACCUGUUAUUGUUUGAAUGUCCAUAAGUGACAAUAAGUUAUACAGACUGUUUUUUUUCCCCUCACAGGAACAGCACAAUGCCUGUUUUUAUAUUGCGCUUUGUAAAAUGAUUGCUACUCUGUCACUUUUUUUUUCUCCCUAAGUUGGGAGAGAAGGACUGGCAGCUUCACCUUUUUUAUAAAUUUAUGUUUCCAGAUAAAAACAUUUAUGGAGCAGAAUUUAUAAUUGUAUUUAUUUGUCAGCAUUUGUAGCCCCUAAAACUGAAGAUUUCUUUAACAAUAAAAAUGUGACGCAUUG